UAUAAACAAACAAGCUUCUCUAAAACUCAGACACAGUCUCAAAAUCUCAACAGUGCAUAGAUUCAAAGGUGGUUGUUUUUGAAUUAAGUCAUCGCUAUGGAUUUGGCAUCCGGUGUUGGUGGCAAGAUCAACAAAGCUCAAGUUCUAGAUGCUGUUGAUAAGUAUGAGAAGUAUCAUGUUCACUAUGGAGGGAAACAAGAAGAUAGGAAUGCUAACUACACUGAUAUGGUUAACAAAUACUAUGAUCUUGCUACGAGCUUUUAUGAGUUUGGGUGGGGAGAAUCUUUCCAUUUUGCACACAGAUGGAAUGGUGAGUCUCUUCGAGAAAGCAUCAAACGUCACGAGCAUUUCCUUGCUUUGCAACUUGGCUUGAAGCCUGGGCAGAAGGUUUUGGAUGUUGGAUGUGGAAUUGGAGGACCAUUGAGAGAAAUUGCUCGCUUUAGCUCAACAUCAGUUACAGGGUUGAAUAACAAUGAGUACCAAAUAUCAAGAGGAAAGGAACUCAAUCGUAUAGUUGGAGUAGACAAGACUUGCGACUUCAUUAAGGCUGAUUUCAUGAAAAUGCCUAUUCCAGACAACAGUUUUGAUGCAGUAUAUGCAAUUGAAGCCACCUGCCAUGCACCUGAUGCUUAUGGAUGCUAUAAAGAAAUUUAUAGAGUGUUGAAGCCCGGCCAAUGUUUUGCUGCAUACGAAUGGUGCAUGACCGAUGCAUAUGAUCCCAAUAACCAAGAACAUCAAAAAAUCAAGGCAGAAGUUGAGAUUGGUGAUGGCCUUCCAGACAUUAGGUCGACUACAAAGUGUCUUGAAGCUCUUAAGCAAGCAGGUUUUGAGAUAAUAUGGGAGAAAGAUCUUGCAAAGGAGUCUCCUGUUCCCUGGUACCAGCCUUUAGACACAAAUCACUUCUCACUGAGUAGCUUCCGUCUAACCGCUGUUGGACGAUUUUUUACCAGAAACAUGGUCAAGGCUUUGGAAUUUGCUGGAUUGGCUCCAAAGGGAAGUCUAAGGGUUCAAGAUUUUCUAGAGAAAGCUGCUGAGGGACUAGUUGAAGGCGGAAAGAAAGAGAUAUUCACACCUAUGUACUUCUUUUUGGCUCGGAAGCCUCUUUCGGAGAGCAACUAAAUUGGUGGCGCAAAUUGCAUUCUGUAGUAAGGACUUCAAAUCUUGGAUUGUGUUUUUUUAUGGCCUUAUCAGAGUGAUAUUGUCUGUUUUAAGUUAUUUUGUGUCUUGAUUUUGAUUCUAGUUGGUGGUAAUUAAGUAGGGUGAAGACUCACAUGCAGUUGUCUUUAUAUAAAGUUGAUAGUUGAGAACCGUUAGAUGGUAAUUUAGUUAAACUUGUCAAAUCAUCUAACGGUUCUUAAAUAUUAACUUCACAUGAAGACAACUGCAUGUGAGUUUGAGAGUUUCUACCAUUAAGUAGAGAUGGCUUUGAAUUUUCUCAAUGGAUGGGUUAUCACUUAUCAUGUCAUAUUUAUGUACCCUAUGCAGUGUAAGAAAACAUAAAUAAGAAAGAAACUAUGUGAUUUCUAACCCACUUAGGAAAUUCAUUGUCUCUAUCUUAAAUCUUUAUGAAAUCCAAUUCCUUA